AUGGGUGGCCUUCUCCAUAAAAUACUCCACAUCAAUUCCCUUAUUAUGAUGUUGUGUAUUUUCUCAACCUGCGUCAUGGCUACUCUUAUUUUUUCCUCCUUGCUAUGGAUUUUAACCAUCGACGUUGUUGUGGCGAGUGGUUGCAUGGAGGUAGAGAGGAACGCACUCCUCACGUUGAAGUCCGGCUUGGUUGAUCCUCAGAAUUUAUUGUCUUCGUGGGAAGGCGAAGAUUGUUGUAAAUGGUGGGGAGUCGUCUGCAGCAAUACCACGGGCCAUGUUGUGAAACUCAACCUCAGAAACAGAAACUCGUAUGAAAUAGUCUUCGAGGAAUGCCCAUGUUUGAGCGGUGAGAUCAAUCCAUCUUUACUUCUUUUAAGCAAUUUAGAGCACUUAGAUCUCAGCAUGAACAAUUUCAGCGGAACCAGCAUCCCAGCAUUCUUGGGUUCAUUCGAGAACUUGAGAUAUCUCAACCUCUCUUAUGCACAUUUCAGUGGAAAAUUACCUCCACAAAUUGGAAAUCUCUCAAAACUUCACUAUCUUGAUUUAAGUUUUGACUUCACUUUUUCUGGCAACACUCUUAGAAUUGAUGACAUUUUGUGGCUUACUCGUUUAUCUUCCUUAAAAUAUCUCGAUUUGAGCAGGAUGAACCUGAAUACUUCUACAGGUUGGUUGCAUGUUGUAAAUAUGCUUCCUUCGUUGAAAGUGCUACAUUUGGCUGACUGUUCACUUCCUGGCAUUUCUACAUCUCUGUCACAUUUCAACCUUACAACUCUCGAUGUGCUUGAUCUUGGAGAUUUGUCAAGUAUCGGCUUUGGCGGGGAAAUCAUGGAAUGGGUAGAGAUGCUACCACGAUGUGUGCGCAACAAUUUACAGUCUUUGUAUCUCGGUUACAAUAACUUAAAGGGGAAUUUAUCAGGAUGGCUUGAACAUAUGGAUAGUCUAACAGACACAGAUCUGGGCUUUUGUGUAGACGCCUUAUAUGUGUUGACAAUCGGGUCACAACCUACCGGAAGGCUCCUCCGCCGGUCGGGCGUGACAGUGAAGGGCCGAGCAUCAGUGCCUGCUGGCACAGCUUCAGAGUCUGCCAUGCGAGUGAAAAUGGGAGUGCAUCACGAUGGACCUUCGUCGUUGAUUGCCUAG